ACCCACAGCUCACCACACAGAGAGAGCCGCACUCUCACAAGAGGAGACUUAAGAACAGAAAAAGAAAAAAAAAAAACUGAAAUAAACUUCACAACUUUGAAGGUUUACAACCAACUGUCAACAACUGUCUGUUCAUCUGCGCACUAUUUUGGAUUUAUUCUGAGAGAGAGCGUCUUUGGAGACACAUUUAAGGGGUUUCAUUUCUACACAAACUCCGUGUUGACCUCUUCGUGCCCCCGCCUCCCCCCCACGCGACCGUCUGAACCCUCUGUUUGACUCCAUCUCUUCUCUGCUUGUCUGUGUGGCGCCCCGGUGCUCCCCAGGCUACCCAGAGAGAGGGCACAGCGCCAUGGUAACUCACAGCAAGUUUGACUUCGCAAUGAGCAGCAGCCUCUUGGACUCCAACAUGCGGCUGCCUCACCGUUACAAGACUUUCACCUCCAAGGCGCAGUACCAGAUGGUGCUCGCCACGCUCCAAAAGCUCCAGGAGAGCGGCUUUUACUGGGGCGCCAUCACUGGGAAGGAGGCCAACGCAAUGCUGGCAUCUGAGAGCAACGGCAGCUUCCUCAUCCGGGACAGUUCAGACAACCGACACCUGUUCACGCUCAGUGUGAAAACGGCGUCGGGCACCAAGAACCUGCGCAUCCAGUGCGACGCUGCUUCUUUUCACCUGCAAACAGACCCUAAGAGCAUUCAGUCUGUCCCCCACUUUGACUGCGUCCUUAAGCUGGUCCAUUACUACAUGCCUCAGAGCAAGGCGAACGCUCGCAGUGGGAAUAUGUAUUACAUUUACUCUGGAGGCGAGAAGAUCCCCCUGGAGCUCAUCAGACCUCUCUCCUGCAGCCUGUCCACCCUGCAGCACCUGUGCAGGAAAACAGUCAAUGGACAUUUGGACAUUUCUACCAAAAGAGACCAACUCCCUCACCCUCUCAGGGAGUUUCUGCAGGAGUAUGAUGCUCCGAUCUAGAGGCGUUCGCGUGAUGCUCUUGAAGGAGCAGCAACGUUAGAGUGCAACAGAGAAACUCGGCGGUUUCAGUGCAGCCCUGCUGGGCGAGACGUGUGGAGGAGUCGCGACAGAGCAGAGACAAGAGACAGUUGAGCCCAGGACUCAUGCAAAGGAGCAGUGUUGUACUGACAAGUUCUCACAGAUUAGCAGCCCGUCGGUCUCUCUCUCGAGGUUCCACAUUUCGGGUAAAAAAGAGACACGAGACUGAAGAGGACAAUUGACACACACAGAGAUACGGUUCCGCUGCUGUAGUGUGGCGGGCAUGAAAGAGAGAAUAAAACCCUGGUGACGUACAACUUACUGAAAACCGAAGUAAGGCUCAGUCAGCUGUCUACAGUCUGAUGACACACAGGUUCUGUCUGCUGCUGCUAACCAGAGUGCUGUGACACACACACACAUACACACACACCAGCCUCACAAAGUCGUUCAUCCAUUAAAGCUGGACUUGCUUUUUACGAUCAGACUUUUGCUGACAGCGGAUGACAAUCGUGGAUGUAUGAAAUAACGUCCAUGCAGUGGUUUUGGAUCUCUGACCAAGUGUACGCUCGACAGGAGACCCCGACAUCCUGGACCCAUAUUGGUGUCAAAGCAUGACGGUUAAGGGCUGAAGUUUAGUUUUUUUUAUUUUGAAUGUACAAAGAAUAUAUAUUUCUGACAUUCUGUUUAAAAGGAAGGGUUUAUGCCAAACAUGCCUGAGUAAAAACCAACAUGACUGAAUCCCACAGGAUCUUGAUAGAGAGAGCAGCACCACUGCUGAGAUGUUAAUAUUAAAAGAAAAAAAAGUGAGACAUUUUUUUUUGUGAAACCAAAACAUGUGACCGUAUCUGUGUCACAGACGGAGAAGCCACAGCUUUCACAUGAAUGUAUUAAAAACAUGACGUCAGUCUCUUCCUAAUAAGGCGAAGAGUCAAUGUGUGUCUUUUUCCUUAAAAAAACAAUGUUUACAUGAGUGAAGAUGAAAUGGUUAUUGUGCUGUCUUUUGUAAAGAUGUACCUUUUUUUCCUCCUCUCUCUCUCUCCGGCCAAACCACUGGCUGUGGAUGCUUGAAGAUAUUUGACAAGUUUGACAAAGCAAGCAGACUGAUGCAGACAAUUUUGCACUUAUUUAUAUUUGUAGGAACAUUUCAUUAAUUUAUAAUAAAGAGCACUAUUUUUUUCUACGAAA